UGCGUAACCAACUUGAAAAGUCGGGACUCCGGUACACAGCUGACGCAAGCAAGCUGUUCAUUUCGAUUUCGAAACAGGAACUGAAGAUCGAACGUGUUGUUUUUCAUGUCUGUUACCAAUUUUUGUUCAUGUUUUAUUAAAAAUAAAUGAAGAUGACAGUGUGUGCGGUGUAUGGCUGUAGCCAUGAAGGAAAACGUUGUAAAUAUUUCAAGUUCCCAAAAGUAACGUUCUCAAAUUUCGAAGAUUUCGAAUUGGUUCUCAAAAGAAGAAAUGCGUGGUUUCAAGCGUUACGUAGAAGUGAUAUUACUGAGCAAGUAGUGGAUACCAAGGUUAUUUGUCGUUGCCAUUUUACUUCAGGAAAACCAGCCCAGCUGUUGGAAACUGAUAAUGUGGAUUGGAUACCAACGAGGAAAAUUCCUCAAUCAGAAGAAGACACAGAUACAGCGAACAAAUCGUAUAAGAGAAAACUUAUUAAAAAAUUCUCAAGAGUGCCUGGUAAACCUUACACCUGGUCUGUUGAACCUUCAUCUAAUAGUGAGAAUAUAGUUGACAAUGUCCCAAGUGUUGCUGUUGCAUCGAAUAGUACAGCUGUGCAGCAGACUCCAACUCCGAGCUCAAUUCGUGCUACCAAGUCUGUAACAUUAGUCGAUGCUCAGACCCAGACCGAUAUAACUGGCGACUAUUUUGACCAGUUGAGAAUCAAGACUGCCCAACUGUUACAUUUACGACACAAGGUAGUAGCGGUUAAAUUAACCAAAAUAAAUCCUCAACAGUACAUUAAAAAUGUACAAAAUGUAUCGGAGGAAUGAUGAUAGUUCUCGGACUGAACGUAGACGAACGUAGGACUGGGUGCGAAAAUGUGAUAAAUUACCUUCCUAGAUUUUAAAAUUUAUUAUUAAGUAAUUAAAUAUUUAAAAAAUAUUUCUCAUACAGAACUGCUACUUUAUGCAGAGUGAUCCUUGUUUCAAACACAUCUUAAUCUUUAUGUGUUAUGGAUAAAAUUCUGUGAUCAUGAUCACUAUCAGUCCGUAAGUUUUUACCAAGUAUGCGUAGUUCUGAUUCAUAAUUUCAUAUAAUAUAAUCUCAAUAUUAUUCUGACCCUUGUCCGUUUGAAGUUUUGAUAACAUUUUUAACCUAGAAGUUAGAAGCUUGUUUUGAAUUUGUUGAAUUUUUAUUAUAGAUACAUACUUAGAAAAAAUUUUAAUAGCGUAGCUAAAAUAAGAUAUUUUUGAAGUUCAUUUUUGCAAAAAUGCUUUGCAAAUUAUUAUGUGCGAUUGUCUUAUUGACGAAGUUCUUAAUUUGAAUUAGUUGAAUUUUCAUUUUUUACUUGAAUUUUUUUAAUAGUAGAAGUAAUGAUAUUUUUAAAGUUUCAUUUAUGUAAAAAAGCUUUGCGAAAUCAUCAUGUGUGAUUGUCCAUUUUAAGUUUUGAUAAUAUUGUUUUUUGAUCUUGACUGGAAGUUAAAGCUUAUUUUGAAUUUGUAGAAUCUUUAUUAUUUACUUGAAUUAUGACAAUUGAAAGGUUCAUUUUUUAUAAAAAUACUUUUUGCAGAUUAUCAUUUUUGUGUGAUUUGUAUACUUCUUAUUUUUCUGUUAGUUUUUUGUUUUGUGUUUGUAUUUUUUUUUAUUAAGUUUGUUGAAGCAUUUCUAAAAUUGUCAGGAAAUCUGAAAAUUCGAAGUGGUCUCGAAUUUUCAGUUUUUCUUACAAUUUUGUAAGAAUUAUCAUACCGAAUAUAUUUUGUUUGAUUAUGA